AGCAAUGAUGUUCUGUCUACUUCUGUGGUGGAACCUCAAAGUCCUUGCCCUCUCGCUCCUUCUGAAAACAACCAUCUCCUUAAACCCAGAUGACCCAAAUGUUUGCAGCCACUGGGAAAGCUAUGCUGUGACUGUUCAGGAAUCGUACGCACACCCCUUUGAUCAGAUCUAUUAUACAAGAUGUACGGAUAUCCUGAACUGGUUCAAGUGCACUCGACACAGAAUAAGUUAUAAAACAGCAUAUCGGAGGGGAUUGAGGACGAUGUAUCGGCGACGAUCCCAGUGCUGCCCGGGAUAUUAUGAAAGCGGGGACUUCUGCAUCCCCCUCUGCACGGAAGAAUGUGUCCAUGGAAGGUGUGUUUCUCCUGAUACGUGUCACUGUGAACCAGGAUGGGGAGGUCCGGAUUGUUCCAGUGGCUGUGACAGUGACCACUGGGGACCACACUGUAGCAACCGUUGCCAAUGCCAGAACGAAGCUCUUUGCAACCCCAUCACUGGUGCCUGCGUCUGCGCAACUGGAUAUAAAGGAUGGCGCUGCGAGGACUUGUGUGAUCCGGGAAGCUACGGAAAAGGCUGCCAGCUGAAGUGCCAAUGUCACAAUGGGGCAACCUGUGACCACAAGACUGGAGAGUGUCGUUGUGCUCCUGGAUACACAGGCGUAUUCUGUGAAGACAAUUGCCCUCCAGGCAGCCACGGAGCGCAGUGUGAACAGCGAUGUCCGUGCCAAAAUGGAGGAACCUGUCACCACAUCACUGGAGAAUGUGCCUGUCCCCCAGGAUGGAUGGGCUUUGUGUGUGCCCAGCCCUGCCCAUCAGGAACGUAUGGGGUUAACUGCAGCCAAGAUUGCCCAUGUCAUAAUGGAGGACAGUGUGAUCAUGUGACGGGGGUAUGCCUAUGUACAGCGGGCUAUAUGGGAGACAGGUGUCAAGAGGAAUGCCCUAUCGGGACGUUUGGUUUCCAGUGCAUGCAGAAGUGCGACUGCGAGAACAGGGCCAAAUGCUACCAUGUCAACGGGGCGUGCCUGUGUGACCCAGGCUUUAAAGGGAUUCAUUGCCAAGAGCGGAUGUGCCCCGAGGGAUAUUAUGGGCUGAAAUGCAACAGAAGGUGCCCUUGCCAUGGCCCAAACACGGUCAGCUGCCAUCCUCUGUCUGGAGAAUGCAACUGCGAAGCCGGCUGGGCAGGCCUCUACUGCAACGAAACUUGUCCUCUGGGAUACUAUGGCGAAAGCUGCCAGCUCACCUGCCGCUGCCAGAAUGGAGCCGAUUGCGACAGCAUUACGGGGAAAUGCACCUGUGGGCCGGGCUAUAUGGGAGAGGACUGCUCCAUCACUUGCACAUCCGGGACCUACGGCGCCAACUGCUCAUUGAUUUGCAACUGCAGAAAUGACGGCGCCUGCUCCCCAGUGGACGGUUCGUGCUUUUGCAGAGAAGGGUGGCAGGGAGCGGAUUGUUCCAUCCCAUGUCCAAGCGGUACUUGGGGUCUCAACUGCAACCAGUCAUGUUAUUGUGCCAAUGGAGCCGCCUGCAACCCUGUGGAUGGAUUCUGCCUUUGCUCUCCUGGGUGGCAAGGAGAUUUCUGUGACCAACCCUGCCCUGAUGGGACCUACGGCCUGAACUGCAGCGAACGCUGUGACUGCAGCCAUGCAGAUGGGUGUGAUCCUGUUACAGGCUACUGCUGCUGCCUCGCUGGCUGGACAGGCAUCCAUUGUGAUAGCGUCUGUGUGCAGGGGCGCUGGGGACCCAACUGCUCCAUCGCCUGCAACUGUGAGAAUGGGGGGUCUUGCUCUCCAGAGGAUGGGACAUGCGAGUGCGCCCCAGGUUAUCGAGGACCCAUGUGCCAGAGAAUUUGUCCACCUGGUUUCUAUGGGCAUCACUGUAGCCAACCGUGUCCGCAGUGCAUUCACAGCACCGUCCCUUGUCAUCAUAUCACAGGACAUUGCGAUUGCCUCUCCGGGUUUUUUGGCCCACUCUGUAACCAAGUGUGUCCAAGUGAAAGGUAUGGGAAGGACUGUGCUGAAGUCUGCUUGUGUACGAACAACGGGACGUGUAAUCCAAUCGACGGGUCUUGCCAGUGCUUUCCAGGAUGGAUAGGCAAAGACUGUUCCCAGACUUGUCCCGUUGGCUUUUGGGGAGCAGAUUGUUUCCAUUCUUGCAGUUGUCACAAUGAUGCCACAUGUAGCCCCCACGAUGGAGAGUGCAGGUGUACACCUGGCUGGACCGGUCCCUACUGCACACAGCGAUGUCCAGCUGCCUUUUAUGGAAAAAGCUGUGCCAACGUCUGUCAGUGCCAAAACGGAGCCGACUGUGACCACAUCACUGGGCAGUGCACGUGCAGGACCGGAUUCACGGGAAAGCAAUGCGAGCAAAAGUGUCCACCAGGAACGUUUGGUUACGGUUGCCAGCAGCUGUGUGAAUGCAUGAAUAAUGCCACCUGUGACUAUGUUACAGGUACCUGCUACUGCAGCCCUGGUUUCAAAGGGAUCCGGUGCGAUCAAGCGGCUCUCAUGAUGGAAGAAUUAAAUCCUUAUACUAAAAUUAGUCCCGCUCUUGGAUCUGAGAGGCAUUCAGUGGGAGCAAUCAUUGGAAUUAUUAUCCUCCUGCUAAUUAUUAUGGUUUUGCUGGCACUGUUUGUGUGGUAUCGACGGAAGCAGAAAAAAGGACACGACAUGCCAAGCGUCUCCUACACUCCGGCCAUGCGGAUGACAAACACCGAUUACUCACUCUCCGAUGUGUCUCAAGGUAGCAGCAGUGUACACUGUUUUUCCAACCCAAGCUACCACACCCUGACAUGUGGUGUGACUUCACGGUUCUUUCCCAGUAAUCUGGAUGGAAACCUCUCCAGUAAGCUCAGUAACAAAAUCCUUGACAGAAACACUGCAGACUGGAGACCCUACAGCUAUCUGAAUGAUCUAGGUGCUUGUGGGAUGAAUAGACGUCAGAACACAUACAUUAUGGAAAAAGGCUUCAAAGACUACAUGAAGGAGUCCGCCUGCAGCUCCAGCACCUGUUCCCUCAACAGCAGCGAAAACCCCUACGCCACCAUCAAAGACCCACCCAUCUUGACAUGCAAACAUCCCGAGAGCAGCUAUGUGGAAAUGAAAUCUCCCGUCCACCGAGAUGCAUCAUAUUCUGACACACCGGCCUUGUCAACGGCUAAUAGAAACAUCUAUGACAUUGAGCCCACCAUCAGCGUGGUCCAGGAAACCCGUCUCCGCAAUGCUGGCUACAUCCAAAAUCCAUACGACUUGCCCAGGAACAGUCAUAUCCCCUGCCACUAUGACAUUCUCCCUGUAAGACACAGCCCUACACACGGGACGCUUUGGGACAAGCAGUCUUGAAGGGCUGUGCAUCCCCCCC